UUGCCACCUGCCUUCUUCUCUUCGGUGCCAAUGCUUCGAAAGCCCACCACUUUCUCUCUCUUCCCCCAUAUUUUUCUCUCCUCUCUCUCUUGAUUAUCCCCUUUUUCUUUCCCUCUACCACUCUGUUCUGCCCGAUUCUCCCAUGUUCCGCCGACUGUUGGCCUCGAUGGUAUGCAGCCAUAAUAUAAGGACUGGGAUUGCUCAGGCUGGAUAUGAGUCUCAUGAUGGUCGAUACGGGUGCAUCGGAAACUCGUGCGCCGGUUGUUGAUAAGCAUCCGGAGAAAGAUGAAGAUGGUGGUUAUGCCAGUGGAGGGUGGAAAAGUGAAGAUGGGAAACUUAGUUGGGGGUAUUCGAGUCUCCGAGGAAAGAGGGCGACCAUGGAAGAUUUCUUUGAUAUUAAAAUGUCAAAGGUUGAUGGUCAAAUAGUCUGCCUUUUUGGCAUCUUUGAUGGUCAUGGUGGAUACCGUGCUGCAGAGUUUUUGAAGGACCAUCUCUUCGAGAAUCUGAUAAAGCACCCAAAAUUUUUGAUAGAUACCAAAUUAGCUAUCAGAGAAACGUAUCGACAGACAGAUGCUGAAUUUUUAAAUUCUGAAAAGGAUACUUUAAGGGACGAUGGCUCUACUGCUUCAACAGCUUUGUUAGUUGGCAAUCAUCUCUAUGUUGCCAAUGUUGGAGAUUCACGUACUAUUAUAUCGAAGGGCGGUGAAGCCAUCCCUCUUUCUGAGGACCAUAAACCAAACAGAACUGACGAGCGGAGGCGAAUUGAAAAUGCCGGGGGUGUUGUCAUGUGGGCUGGCACUUGGAGGGUAGGAGGAGUGUUAGCGAUGUCCCGUGCUUUCGGUAACAAGAUGUUGAAGCAGUUCGUUGUGGCGGAUCCUGAUAUUCAGGAUCUUGAAGUGGACAAGGACAUCGAGCUGCUUGUUCUCGCAAGCGAUGGACUUUGGGACGUGGUACGCAACGAGGAUGCAGUAUUAGUUGCGGGGAAAGAAGAGGGACCUGAGGCAGCUGCUCGGAAACUAACCGAAGCAGCGUUUACCCGUGGUAGCGCUGACAAUAUAACAUGCAUUGUGGUGAAGUUUCAUCACGACAAUGCAAGCACGGGUGUCGAAAACGACUAAGAAUUUUGUAUGUGUGUAGAUUCUUUUUGUAGAGAGCGAAAGAAGUUGGAUAUUGGCUGUUAAUUCUGCACCUAGAGCAACAAAUGGGUGCGCGCAAGGGCUUUGAUUUGUUAAUUCAUUGGCAUUUUUGUAAUCUGUUUUUCACCAAUCUUGUUUUACUGUUGUUCAUUCCACAAUCUGUACGCUGUUGUGUCUGUCUGUCUGUAGUAAACUGAUACAGAACAAAUUAAUUAAUGUAGUUUUAUCCAAUUCUCCU